AUGAGUGAAUCGGCGACCGCGACUGGCACUACCUGGCGCAGUGCUUGCGUCCUCAGCAUGGAGGCCGCCUCCGCCAGGGUCUCGCGUCAAUCCUCCAUCCUCUGGCCAUUCCACUACCUUGCUCACCGCCUCCUCCUCCUCCUCUCCCGCCAUCGCCACACCUUGCGCCUGAUCCGAGCUGGAUUCCGGGACUGGCGCCUUUGUUGCCCCUCUUCUUCGACGGUGCUCAUCAACGCCUAUGCCAUCGCCAGAGACUCUUCCGCCUGGGGUGACGAUGCGCUGCUCUUCCGGCCCGAGAGAUUCCUUGGCACGGAUCUGGACAUCCGGGGCAGGGACUUCGAGGCAGUGCCGUUUGGAUCGGGGCGGCGACAAUGCCCGGGAAUGGCACUGGCACUCACCACUGUCCAUCUCACGCUCGCCAACCUCCUCCAUGGAUUCGAGUGGAGAGAGCCCAGCGGUGAGAAUGCAACGAGCAAUAUGGAUUGA